GUUCAUCCAUAAGCAUAUCCAGAUCCCCAUUAAAACUCUCCAAAAGAGGGGAAAAAAGAAAGAAAAAAAAGAAAAAGAAAUGAGCGGUGACGAGAAAAACACAGCUGUAGUUGUAGAUCAUCAGCAUAAUCAAUAUGGAACUUUCCAAGGAGUAGCCAACUACCCUCCUCCACAUCCUCCUCAACAUCAUGGCCCGGCUAUUGGGUUUCCUCAGCCUGUUCCGCCGCCUGGCCUCCAUGAGCCCUCUGCUCCACCUCCUCAGUAUUAUUCCCAAGGUUAUCAAACCGUUCCAGGUUAUGCUGUUGCUGAAGGAAGACCUGUAAGAGAGCGUAGGCUACCGUGCUGCGGCUGUGGCCUUGGAUGGUUCUUGUUUAUCAUUGGCUUUUUCCUUGGGGCAAUCCCCUGGUACAUUGGAUUGUUAUUGCUACUUUGUGCGAGGGAGAGGAUUGACCACCGAGAGAAACCGGGAUAUAUUGCUUGCACAAUUGCUGCUGUUCUUGCUACAAUUGCUAUUGUCCUCGGUGUAACAAAGGGAAUCGAUGAUUGAUAAAUUCUUCCGGGUCGUGCAUAUGUGUGAAAAUAAGGUAUACACCUUUUUCUUGUAAGCAAUCAUGUUGACAAUUUGGUAGAAGAAUCCUUGUGAAGUAUAUGUACAAUGCAUGUUAUGGAACAUUAGUACAUAUUUGUGUAUCAUCGUUGCUCUGAUAGCAAUGCACAGAUUGUUAAAUUUAAAACUUCUACAUAGAUUUAUAUUAAGCCAAUGGAAAAAAGUAGAGAUUGUGU